ACUCAUCAUGAGUCUAACGUGUGGGAAUCAUCCAAACGGAGACGAUGCCACACCGUCAGUGCUAUCUGAAAAUCGAGAGGAUAGGAUAGCAGCUCGACGACUUCGUAUUGCUGCACGAACAGAAGCAAGGAAAAGGCAGGAUCAGGGCGAGGACGUAGAGGUGAAGGUGGAAGUGAAGGAGGAGACCAAAAGCCAGCGGCAAGUGGAACUAAGCGAGAGGCGUAUCCAAAAGCUGCAGGGGGAUGGAACCGAGCUGGUCACCAACAUCCAAGUGGCAGCAGACGCACGCGAGUCACAGAGGAGAGAUGGACAAGAGGAUGCACGCCGACUCAGGCUGGAGAAGCUGGAGGGCGAGGCCAAGUGCAGCCUGGAGAAGUUUGAGGAGAUCAGUAAGAAGUGGUCUGAGGCCAAGGUGCUGGAGAUCCCCCAGGAGCUGAAGGAGGCCCUCAAGAAGCAGAGCCUGCUGUGUGCCGCCCUCAUCCAGGACAAGAACAAACUCAUACACGAGCUGGCGCAGGAGCUGAAGGAGUCUGACGACAGGUACGUGCGGGACCUGAAGCGUCAGGCGGACGAGGUGGACCUGAUGGUGGAGCGCAUGGAGGAGCAGAUCAAGAUCCUCAUCAAGUCCUACAGAGAAGAGCAACAGGAGAUACUGACUGCAUUUGAAGAGGAGACCAAAGCCCUGCUGGAGGGGAACCUGCAGAGAUGGGAACAGAUGAGGAGGAACAGAGGACACAAAGAGGCGGAGAACCUGCGUGCUCGGGUGGUGAGGGUGGAGGAGUUUGAGGACCUUCUGCAGAAGCUGAGGGUGGAGGAUGCAGAGGAGUACAGCAUGAUCAAGAGCAAACUGGAGAAUGAUGUGCAGGUCCUGCAGCAGCAGCUGCAGCAGAUGAAGGCCACCUACCAGCUGAACCAGGAGAAGCUGGAGUACAACUUCCAGGUGCUGAAGAAGAGGGACGAGGAGAACACCAUCACCAAGUCCCAGCAGAAGAGGAAGAUCACCAGAUUGCAGGACAUUCUGAACAACCUGAAGAUCAAGUGUUCCACUCAGGAGAAGCAGAGCUGUGAGGAGAACCAAUCCCAGACUGAGGAAUACAGGCGCAUCAUGCAGCAGUUCAAACACAUGCAGAAGAAGAUGAGGCGCUUCGCCGUCAUGGACGCCCAGAAGUUCGAGGAGGUGUGGCGCAUGAACGACGAGGAGGUGAAGGCCCUGGCCAGCCGCGCGCUGGAGAUCGACAGGCUCAUCCACCAACAGCAGCUGGGCCUGGAGUGGGCCGCCCCGCCUUUGCCCUUCAUGCAGUGCAGCGACAGGCCAGUCGCCGCACAGCAGCGUCAGUCCGUCAGCUCCGCCCUGCAGGCCGCCGUGAGCAUGGCGAAGGAGGAGGAGGUGGUGGCGGAGGGAGAGCCAGAAGGAGGAAUGAGGAUGGAGCAGGAGGAAGAGGAAGGGAGAAGAGAGCAGGAGGGGGAGGAGUCCACGGUCAGGGCCCGGGAAGGGUUGAGUGGGGAGGAUGUGGUCACAGGAAGAGAGGAGGGCGGGACAGGAAGUGGGGUGGAAAAGCCCAGGAAAGUGUCGCCAAAGACCAUCAAGAGGAUCCUGGAGCUGCUGUGCGAUGAAGCGGGUUUCCUGAUCGAGGGUAAGCUGCAGAAGCUGCUCUCUCCCCUGGAGAAGAAUGAGCAGUCUCUGAUGCGCCUGGACUCCAUCUUCGCUGCAAUGAACAUUGACAACGAAGAAGAUGUGUAUCAGCUGGCUGACUUCUUUAGCAAGUUCAAGAAGGAACAAGCACAAGAGGAGAAGAAGGAGCCGGAGAGAGGAGCGUGCGGUGGUCAGACUGAGAGCGCUGGGGAUGAAGACCUAAUGCAUCCUAAUGACUUCCUCACCGCCCUCAAAGCAUUCACCGCACUACACGGAACAAGGAGGGAGUCGGUGGCACAGCACAAGGGCAGCGUGAAGGAGAGCCUGGCAGUGCCGCGGAGCCUGUGUGUGGACCCCCAGUACUGGGAGGGCAUGGCUGGCGUCAUCAGCCCCGCCAAGCUCAUCGUAUGGGGCUCGCUGGAGAAGGCCCUGGAGAAAUAUCACGGCGUGCUGACAGACAGGUCCAAGCUGCUGGUCGAUACACAGAAGCUCAGGCAACAGAACUUGGAGCUCAAAUCGCUGCUGCGACAGUAUGUGAACUCCAGGGUGAAUGCUGAACUGGAGAUUCCACCCACACAGGUCAUGCAGAUCGUCAGGAACGACUGCAUCAGUGCCCAAACAGGGCCGAAAACGUCAAAACGCUAAAAAAGACAGAAAUGAAUCCCAUUUAUACCCGUGCUUCUGAAACAUAUGUUUUCAUGCAAAAAUAAUGAAAUAAAGAUGUGUUAUUAUGAUUACA